GCCCUGUUCGCUGCUCCACCGUCGCUCCUCUCCCUGCGUGGGUCGCUCCCUUCUGCGCCCAGUCUUCCCUGCUCCUACUCCUCCGCCUCUCACGCUAGCUAGACCCGUCCGUCCGCCCACGCCUGGAGGCCCAACGGGGUCAAGAACGUUCCGCAGCCAUUUUUGCUGGCUCAAGGCAGUCCGUUUCAUAGUGGCCUCUCUUCUCUCAAGAAUCCCAACGCGUGUUGGCCACUGGUAUCGUUGACUUGGGCGCAUCGCUGAUUCCCCUCAGACGCGCUGUCUGGAGCAAUGCCCGUCGCACCGGCUGCGACGCCCGAGACGUGGAAGGCGCUCGGCAUCGUUGGCUUCGUGUUCCCGCUCCACAUUAUUUGCGGGCUGCUGUCAAUCCCGUUUGUAGGCUGCAAAUUGUACCAAGGCUCGUUGGGCGCAUUUCUUUUUGUUUGCGCAUACCUGCCAUUUUACCUGUACCCAGCGCAUCACAAGUUCCCCGGCUGGAAGGGUUUCGAGGCGGUCUGGCGCUUCAUGGAUUACAGCGCGACGUGCGUCUCGUAUUUUGGCCAGUUCGAGGUGCACAACCCGCACCGCGUGGACCCCGACGCCCAGUAUUUCUGCGCAUGCCACCCACACGGGACCGUCAUCUUUCAGCGCACCUUUUGGCGUUCGGAUCAGUUGCGACGUCACCUACGGCGCGAUUGGCGCAUGCUCGGGGCGUCGAUCAUUUUUUGGAUCCCGAUCGUUCGCGAGUUGAGUCUGUGGUUUGGUGCCGUCGACGCUGGCCGCGCGAUGUGCGAGCGGCUGCUGCGUGCGGGUGUGAACGUGUGCGUGUGGCCAGGCGGGCUCGACGAAGCGAACAGCGUCGAUGGGCCCACCACCGUCAUCGUGCGCACGCGCACGGGGUUCGUCCGUCUAGCAGUGAAGCACGGCGUGACCGUGUUGCCCGUCUUCGUGUUCGGCGAAUUGGACGCCGUCAGCGCCAUCCAGCCGUUGCCCAAGACCAUCGCCGACUUCUGCAAGCGAAAGCUGCGCUUCUCGACCACGAUGUUCAUUGGCCGCUGGAAGACUUUUGUGCCGCGUCGCGUGCCCUUCCACAUGGUCAUCGGCAAGCCGUGCGCCGUGACAAAAAUGGAUCCCUGCGAGAACGGUUUCAGUGCCGAGGUCGAGCGUGUGGCCGCUGCGUACAAGGAGGAGAUCCGUGCGACGUACGAGCGCCACCGCGCGCAGUUCGGUUACGAGGAACGCGCUCUGGUCUUUGUGGAGGACGCGAGGAAAUCUGAAUAGGCGUGAACGUCCAGGGAGUGCGCUGCUUGCGCGGGCGGUGGAUGCGCGAUCUCCCCCAGAGGAUGAGAGGGCGGGGUGCCUCGGGAUGAAAGGGCGGGAUGCCCUCCCCAGACAUCCUGGACUCGGUCAUUGUUAGAGUCGCCUCGACGUGUCUUCGGAUGUCUCUUCACAUCCAGCCCUGUUUGAGCGGACCGUGCAAUUCUAUAACUGCCAUGCCAGUGCCUGACAGCCCGAGCGCGCCGACUGCAGGCGCUGGCUGGCGGGAUCCCAGCUUGGGGCUAUUAUAUGAGCCAGUGCAUGUUGUGCUUACAGGUUACGGGCAUGAGGU